AUGAGCACAAGGAAUAAGCGGUGUCACUGUAGCAAAUGUGGGACCGAGGGAAAGGUGCUCCACAUCAAGACAUGGAAUGACCAUCAGAACGCUGAAAGGCGAUGGGCUAGCCAUCAGCACUACUCCUUGAAUGUCUUGAAAGCGUCCGCAUCUGGCUCAAAUAUUGAUACUAAACUGACGUUCGACGAGCCUGAAAGUGGCCCACUUCUCUGGCAACUUGGUUCCAACAAUCUAGAGCCAGAUGUAUUUCUGGCACCACCUUUGCCUGGAUUCAUUAAUGACUGCAACAAUGACUUAUCUCUCGAAUUCGAGGCCAUACAGCCUGGCAAUGAUGACUCAACUGAAGACGAUAAUGGAUCCCAAACAUCCAGCGAUGAGGAGUCUAAUUCCACUGGUAUUCCCAUCGAUUCUGGGUCUUCACCUCUGGAUGAGACCACCCUUCAGGCUGGGUCUUCAUCUACUCUCCCUUCUCCCAUAUCCUUGGUCCACUCUACCCCUUGA